AUGACCGAUAUUUAUAACAUAUUUGCCGGAACAAAAUGUGGAGAAAUAACGGAUCCGUCCGAAGAACUCAUCGGCAAGAGAGUAACCAACGACGACUACCUGGGAACUAUAAAGUAUGUUGGUCCCCUUCCUGGAUCCAAAAGCUUUUGGCUUGGAAUUGAUUGGGACAAUGAAACGAGAGGCCGACACUCUGGAAUCUUCAAUGGCGUUCAAUAUUUCUUGACGACUUUCCCCACAUCAGGCUCUUUUGUAAGAUCUUCCAAAGUUUCGUUGGGGUGUAGUUUUGAAGAGGCCCUUGUUUAUCGCUAUUCUACUUGUGCUGAAUGUCAGCUUCUUGCAAGAAAUAAUGAACCCAUUAAAAUGGACGUUACAUUACGUCAGGAGAAAGUAGAUGCUUCUGCUGUGGAAAAAAAUUCGGGUUUUAUUACUCUCAAACCUGCCAUUCAAUUAGAAGAAGCUGAAUAUGAGGGUCCAAACGCCGAUUUCAUCUCUCCUUUUCAUCUUGAAUUGUUUUCAAGACCUAUUAAGGAUGCAGAUCGGCAUGCUUUUUGUGGAUUUGCUGGGGCUGAGAAAAUAUUGACUAAGCUGCGUUCGGUGACUUUGUCUCAAGUUCCCGUUUAUCGAGCACUGUAUCACACGCAAGCUGCCGUUAAGGAGUCUGCUCCUCCUCUUUGGCCUCUUACUGGAGGAAUUCUUGGAAAUCUGCUUCCUAAACUGACCGAAUUAGAUAUUUCAGCUUCUACUUUUUCGAGAUGGAUUGACGUCGCUGAGCUCUGUAUCCAAUUGCCAUGGCUACAGUCCCUCAAUGUGAGCCACAAUCCCCUACGGAUCAGUCUAGAUUCCGUUAGCAUGCUUCCUGGUCCGUCAUCGUUCCCAGAAGAAGUCGCGUGUUCGUUCAACCCUCAGAAAGAUUGCGAUGACACUCACAAGCUGUUGGACCCACGCUUGCAUACUGACAUAUUGCCUUCACAAGAAGCAGCUGCAAGAGCCGAAGCCCUCAUGCAUCAUGCUUUUCCUUCUGUCCGUCGGCUCGCCAUGGUUUGUGUGAAGCAUGUCAACUGGAUUCGGCUAGACAGGAUCCUAAGUUGGUUUCCCGCGCUUGAUGAUCUGGUCGUAGCCUACAAUCCCGUGAGUCACAAUUGGAUACUAAGAUGA